UCCCCGUCUCGGCUCAUAACAAAAGACGCGAUCCCACGCGGAGGCGGAUACCUUCCCCCCGCUGCCUUCUUGUUCUUCCUCCGAUUCCGCGCUUCCAUCCAUCCCCAUAAAUCUCUCCGGUUGGAUCGAAAUCAAGGAGCAGUCCAAGCCCUCCGGCCUUUGUGUUCUCGAGGUUUCUUUCUUGAAGGUAGUAUAGUUUAACACGACCAUGGCUGCUUUACCAUUGGCUACUGCUGAGGUCUGUGAUGCAAACGCACACCUAAUCCAAAAUGGCGAGCUUCGUGCACUUCAACCGAUCUUCCAGAUCUAUGGGCGGAGGCAGGUUUUCUCUGGCCCCAUUGUCACUCUCAAGGUUUUCGAGGACAAUGUUCUUGUGCGGGAAUUCCUCGAGGAGAAAGGUAAUGGUAGAGUUUUGGUUGUCGACGGUGGCAGUAGCAUGCGCUGUGCUAUAUUGGGUGGCAACCCUGUUCAACAAGCUCAGAACAAUGGAUGGGCUGGUAUAGUGGUCAAUGGCUGCAUAAGGGAUGUUGACGAGAUCAAUGGCUGCGACAUCGGGGUAAGAGCUUUAGCUUCGCAUCCAAUGAAAGCCAACAAGAAGGGAUUUGGAGAAAAGCACGUGCCGGUGAAUAUUGCUGGAACGAGGAUAUGUGAUGGUGAGUGGCUUUAUGCAGAUAGUGAUGGAAUUCUUGUUUCUAGGACGGAGUUGACUGUCUAAGACUCCCCAAGUAUAACAAUGUGUCAUGUCUCUGUCUCAGCGAUUGUUGCCUUCUACCAAUUCUGCCCCAUAUACCAACGGCUAGCUGCAUGUCUGAACUUUAUUGCAUAUUUAUAUUGAAGUGCAAAGACCUUAUAUUGAUGAUAAUUGAUGAGUAUAUAUCACUGGGAGCAUGAUUUUUCUCA